AUGACAUCCUAUUCAUCUUUGCACAACGGGAGCGCGUCUAGUUCCGCAAUUUUGAAUCAGGGUCACUUUCCUUCAUUCAGUGUACCACAAGUACUAGUAGCAGGGACAACAACUUAUCAGCCACCCAUCUUCGCAUCUUCAUCAACUUCAAAUUCAACAAAUGGUCUACGAGCUUUCAAGGCUCCAGCUCAUAAACAUGCACAUCAUCUCCACUCUAUCCCUCCUAGGGAGAAAUCUACCCGAACUCUCAUAAUAGAUCAUAUGUUAUGGGUGCAUGGCCGAACCCGAUUUACCCAGGCCCGUGCUGAGCUCGGAAUGACCGACCGAACAGGAGGUCCUUCUUCGCCUAACUACCGUUAUCGUGAACGUCCGGAGUCCUAUGAGGAAGAUGACGAAGUUUCAAGUGACGGCGAGAAUGUCGAAAUGCUCAAAGCCAGAGAGGGUGGUCCGAACCAUCCUCAUAAUGAGGAUGAGGACAAUCGUCGGCAGAAACAGGACUUGACCCUGGCAAGGACUCUAAGACUCCGUGCUAUUGGUCUCGAGAAGGUCGUCACAUCAAUGCUCGACCAGCCUCCUACUGUGCACCCAAUCCUCGAUGACGAUCUGAAUACACCACCUACAUCCCCACAGCGCCCAGAAUCACUUCAGUCACCUCCGCGUGCGACAUCCCACCCGCACACUCUUCCAAAUGGCGUUCGUUUACGGUUAGCGUUGGGGACUGUCAUCAAUGACUUAUUUGCGCGUCAAGCGCCUACUUCUCCAUACCGACAUCAUCACCAUCCUCCACCAAUCAUUCUCCCCAGCAAUGGCUCAGAUCAAGCGUCUUCAAACGGUCGAAGUCCAGAUAACUCUCCUGCAAUGCAGAAGGCGUCGCCAGCAUCUGGGAGGGGCAGUAGCAUGUCCUCUGGACAAGGAAUUACUGGUAGCCUUCCUCCAUAUGUCGUCCUUCUUUCGCAGGUAUCAGCUGCGGCACUUCCUCAGACAUCUCUUUUACCCAGGGGUGACUUCCCUUCUCCAAUGCAAGCACCACAAAUGGUGCAGUCUCGUAACCGAAGGUCAAAGUUCAUGCCUAGUAGUCGUGUAUACGCUAUGUACAUGCAAGGCGCCGACCCCUCCACCGCCAAUUCACCCCCUAGCCUGCGGUGCCCUCGGCAUCUUCAUACUGCAUGCGAAAUCUGCGUCGAAGCCAAACAUUCUGUCAAAGCACCAGGAGGGUCUGGUCGAGCACGCCCACCAUCUGCUGCGAUGGGCGCCAGAAGCUUUGGAGACUGGGAAGGAGGGCUAGGCGGUUCGGGUGGAGGUAUGGGUGGCAGUGGAGGCGGUAUUGCUGGCUGGCAAGAUGGCCCCGGUGUUGGAUCGGGCUUGGCUCAGCCGGGCGUGAAUGGCAGCGUAUUGCGCCGGAAGUCGAAGUGGUUCAUGGCUGAUUCUGAAGAGGAAUACUCGGGUGCUGGCACUGGGAACACUCGGCUGUCAGAGUUCAUUCCGCGCUUUUUGAGGCUUUCUGCCCUUGUCGCAACUGAGCUUGGAGAAGAGCUUGGCGAUGAUGAGUAUGAAGGCGACUGGCAACGUGGUGCAGAGAUGUCUGCCCAAAUGUCACCUCGGCCCUCAUCCCGAAGAUCUCAAACCAUCGAGGCGCCCUCUGCACCUCCUUUACGACCUUCGCGAGAAUGGUACAUGCUCCUCGCGGGCUUGCUCUCUCGUGCUACCCUGGAGGGUUAUCUCACCGGAGGGUGGUGGGGUCUGGAGGCUGUUGAAUGCCUUCUAUCAGUUGGCUUGGGCAUCACUGAUGACGGGUUGGGUCAUCGGGGUCAACUCGAACCACCGGACGACGCAGAUUCUGCAUUCGAAUGGUUUGAACCAGACGACUUACCUGGUCUCAAAGAAGCGACGAGAAUCAUGUUUCCUGCGUUGCGAGCUGCGCGAAACGGGACGCCCAUUCGAAGAGAGGGCGCCGAAGCUGAAUUUGAAGCUGAAAUGGACGAGCGGCUCAGAAGGUUCUAUACGAUACCGUCUUUGACGCCAGAUCUAUCAACGCACAUGGAGGAUCUGGCAUGGCACUACCCUGCUGAGCCUGUUGAAAGGGCAGCACUACGCUUUUGUGAAGCAAUCGCAAAGUGGCGUGGUAAACCUGAACUCGAAACCUACAAAAAGAAACCGCCAAAAGAUAUAGGAGCAUCUAGUAUGACCAUUGAGACACUCGUACAUUCCAAUCCAACGAGUCCCACGAUAGGAGGGUAUCCAGUUCAGCCAUCGAGGUCCCAAAGGCCUGCCAUCGAGAAGUAUUUCAUCGUACCGCCCUCAUACAUAGGAAGGAGCAAGCGCAGGAGAUCGCUUGAUGUAGCCGAAUCAUCUAACAAGAGGGCCCAUGGGUGA